AUGGUACCGAUAACUUGGUCUUCGGUUGUUUACACAUACUAUGGGGAGAUUACACCUACAAUCGUCAAUGCUACUACCCCUACUCUCACGCCUCCCGGAGCUACUCAGCUUUAUAAUUCUGGAUCCAUCAUCCGCGACCGUUACCUAAAUUCUACCGCAACUCAGCUUACUCUUGGACAACCAAUCAAUGGCCUAAGUGAUCGAUAUAUCAUCAACAAUCAACUACAAGUAUAG